GUGUGUGAUGUUAUACACUUGCAUUUUUUUUGCAAACGAUGGUGAAAAAAUAACUGUUUUUUUUUUAAUUGUUAAAGAAUAAAUUGUGGAUUGUGAUUUUCCACAAUGAGUUGUGUGAAAAAUAAACGCUAGCUUGACGCUUUCAAUGAAAUAAAAGUGAGAGAAAAAAAAAGUUUACCACUCUUCGGGGUGUGAAAAAAAGAAAAUUAUUCAUCUGACCUUAAUUAACAUGAAUCUUCAAACACUCUUUCAAGAUUUUAAUCCAAGCAAAUUUUUAGUACAUACGUGUCUAAUGAUAUUUACAUUAUUGUUUGCUUUGCGACUUGAUGGCUACAUAGAAUGGAGUUAUUGGUCAGUUUUCAGUCCAAUAUGGUUUUGGAAAAGUAUGGUAAUUUUGGGAGCAACAGUUGGAAGUUAUGUUUGGUGGAGACAUCCACACGCGAGAUUAGAAGGAGAUGCCUAUGUACAUUAUAAAGCAAUGUUGAUUACUCUCGCAUUGCAUUUAAUUUUAUUAAUGUUCGAAUUAUUAGUGUGCGACAAAUUAGAAUCAGAAAGACACUUGUGGAUACUUGUUUUCAUACCAUUGAUUUUCAUCUCCAUUGUAUCUAUAGCUGUAUGCAUUUGGGCUGUGAAACAUGAUCGUUCCUUUGAGCUCGAACUUUUUUGUGCAGUCAAUGUACUACAAUUUAUUUUCCUGGCAUUGAGACUGGAUAAUUUUAUUACUUGGAGCUGGGAGGUUGUGUUCGUGCCCCUUUGGGCUUUAUUGUGUUUAUCGCUAGUUGCUGUUUUAUAUGCUAUUGUAUUUGCUGCCGUUUUAUUAAGAACACCACAAAUUAACGCACGUCAAAGACGUACAUCGUUAAAUUCUGCUAUUGCAUACACUUUUCUCGUAGUGCCCAUUUUAGUCUUUCAAGUUCUACUGGCGAAUAAACUCGAUGGUGAUAUUUCAUUGCAUUACACAACAGUAGCGACGCCAUUGAUAUUUUCUUACAUGACACUCAUUUGUAUGUCUUUUGGAGCAAAAGGAGGAAAUAAGUGGUGGUUUGGAAUAAGAAAAGAUUUUUGCCACUUUCUUUUGGGCCUAUGUCCAUUGCUUCAAGAGUAUGGCAAUAUUUCUUAUCAAUCACGAAAUGAUAAUGAUCAACCGCCGUCCGAGCCGAUGGUUUCAGAAAAAAGUGAAAAACACAUCAAGAAAAUCGACCUAACAAAGCCCGUAGUGCCUAUAGUCUCCAUAGACAUGCCCGAUUGAUUAAUCUGGCUCAACUACUUAAAUUUUCAAUCAGUCUAAUUAAUACAGACACAAAAAUUUACUUUCUAUUCCCUUUUCUCUUUUGCAAUUAUUGCAAUUAUUGCAAGUUUGCAAAUUUAUUUGGUGCUCGAAAAGUGUAAUAUACCGAACAAAAAAAAAAAUUGUUGGCAUAUUUCAAACGCUGUAAGUAUGUAGAAAUAUUUUUAAUUUAAAAUUCAUGGACUUGAAUUUGUCAAUGAAAGUGACAAAAUUAAGAUUUUCUUUUUGAUUUUAAAUUUUGCUCAAGAAAAAGAAAAAAUGGCAACUUUAAAAGUAAUUGUCCAUUCAAAAAAUUUAAUUUCUUGACAUGGACAAUUUUUUGUAUUUGUAAAAAAACGAUUUGUACAUAGGAUUUUUUUUUAUUGACUAGAUGGACUCAAAAUUGUUGCAAUAUAUCACGAAAAUUUUUUCUCUUACGCAUCGAAUUCUAGAAAUUAAAUGAAGAAAGUAAUUUGUUCAACUCAAGUUUUAAAUUAACGCCAGACUAUUUUUCUUUUACUUAGUAAAUUUUUCAGUGAUAUUCCCUUUCUAUGAAGAAAAGAAAUUGUUUUCCAUAAUUUUUAUUAAAUUAUUGGAAUAUGGUGCUAAUUAUAAUACAUUGAUUAGAUAAUGUCUGAGCAUAAAUUAAUGUUUUACAGUAAACUGACAAGCUUAAUGUCAAUUAUUUAUUAUUUAGUCUUUAAAAUCUAAAGUUAUAUUUGCCAAAUUAUGUUCUUGAAACAUUUUUCCUAUUUCAUUCAAAUGAACAAUUUAGUGUUUCGAUGAAAAAUUCCAUUAAUUACCUAAAGAAAAAAAACAUGUGCCUAUUUUAUAACAGAGUGAUUGUGUUUGUUUUCUAUAAAAAAAAUGAUAAACUUAGGCGAAAAAACAUUAUAAAAAUACGGAAAGAGAAAAACUUCAGACACACUCGACAAUCACUAAAAUUUAUCAAAUUUCAGUUACCUAAUUAAAAAAAAAGAUUUAUUAAUUCUCAAAUUGAUUCUAAAUCAAUUAAUUCCAAACCAAUUGAUUCCAAAUCAAUUGAUUUCUAAAGGUAAUUUCGUUUCCAAGUAAUAUUUAUAAAGCAAUACUCAAUUUCCUUUAUUUCGAUAAAUAAACAUUCAAAUUCGAAUAUUUUAAAAAAAUUUUGAAUUCUCCUUAGCUUAUUAAUAUUUUUGCUUCCAAUUCAAAUAUUCAUAAAAAAAUAAACUUCUUCGUUAAUAUUUGCCUUUGCCAUUACAAUUUAAUAUCAAAGAAAAUAUAUCCACAAUUCAUUUAAUUGAUAAACGUGUAAAUAUAUAAUUUCAUCACUCUUCAAUGUAGAUAUUUAUAUAAAUAUAUAUAUUAUAAUUUCAUAAUUUAAACUAAUAAGAAAAAAAUAGAGAAUUUUAAACAUUUAGAUUAUAAAGAAAUAAGAAAAAAAACUCAUUUUUUUAAUCAGUCUGCAAAAUGUAAAAGAAUGGAGAAAGUUGUUUUAAUUCUGCGCUUUUUAAAAAUUACAAAAAAAAAAAUUCUGCAAAUGUAAAACAUCUCUUCGUCUAUUCAGGCAAAAUGAAAAAAAUGUGAUGAUUGGCGUUGUUAAAAAAAAAUAGUAUUUAUUUUGGAAUACAAGACUGAAAAUACGUCGAUGAAUAGAUUAAGCUUAAAGUAAAAAAAAGCAGCUGGAUUGAAAAAAGAAAAUUAUUUCGAAAAUUUUAUUGUUAAACGUUGCUGGAUAUAGAAAUUAGAAUUUAAUUAUCCUUCAAUUUUGUACAUAAACUAAUAUUGUACAUACUCUGUUGUAUUCUAGAGAACCAUCGUAAAUUUUUAUUAAUUUUUUUAUUCUGUGUUACAAAAUAUUUACUUAUCACGAUGGUUGGCCAAUUAACAAUUAUUAUAUUAAUUAUUAUUAU